AUGAACAGUCCUCUGUUCAGAAUGUCAGCCAACGUGUGGACCAUCAUUGUGCUGCUGGUUACGGUAGGAAUUACGGUUGCCAACAGCAGUGCCAGCUACAGCAUGGUGGAUCCUCAACGCGUCCUCAGCAAUGCUGGCAUUAGUCUCGGAGUGAGCACCGGCAGCGGCAUGGCAGGCGGAGGUACACUCAACGAGCUCGACGCAAUGCAACCGAAGCCAACGGAAGUGCUGCGAAGCAUAGCCGCUGUACCGUCUGCAAGCGUGACUCGUGAAGACACGGCUGACCUUACGUCAACAACACCACCAUCCGUGUACAAUGAAACCAGCAGUAACGCCACGGACAACAGCGCCCUCUGGAGCAAAUACAUCGUCCGGUCCGGAUACGCGCUCCCGGUGGAUCCACUGUUUGUGGCCAAAAUCAAUCCCUUCUGGCUUCAAUUCGAACCACCGUCGGCCGGCGAACAUUACGGGCUGGCGGUGUUCUACUUCCUGAUGAUGCUGUUCGGCGUUAUCGGAAACGCGCUGGUGGUCUUUAUGUUCUACAGAUAUCGCUCACUUCGUACACCAGCUAAUUAUCUUGUCAUGAAUCUAGCUGUGGCGGAUUUCGUCAUCAUGAUGGAGGCGCCUCUGUUCAUCUACAACAGUAUCCACCAAGGUCCAGCCCUCGGGUCGAUUGGCUGUACGGUUUACGCGUUGAUGGGAGCACUUGGUGGAACUGUUGCGAUCGCUACACUGACAGUCAUCUCGAUCGAUCGUUACAACGUGGUCGUGUACCCGCUCAACCCGAACCGUUCAACGACCAAACUGAAGUGUUACAUCUUGAUUGCCUUCACCUGGGCGUAUGGAUUGUUCUUUUCCAUCUUCCCAGCGCUUGAGAUUGGGUUAAGUCGCUACACGGCCGAAGGAUAUCUGACGGCAUGCAGCUUCGACUACCUGGAUCGCACGUACAAGGCCCGUGUCUUCAUGUUCGUUUACUUUCUGUUCGCCUGGCUACUACCGUUCGUAAUCAUCAGCUACUGUUACGCGCGGAUCCUUAUGGCCGUCAUCAAUGCUAACGCUAUCCAGUCCAGCAAGAGCAAGAACAAGACGGAGGUGAAGCUGGCCGGGGUCGUGGUGGGCAUCAUCGGGCUGUGGUUUGCCGCGUGGACACCCUACGCUGUGGUUGCGAUGAUGGGUGUGUUUGGGUACGAGAAAUAUCUAACCCCACUGAACUCGAUGAUACCUGCAGUGUUUGCUAAAAUAGCGGCCACGAUUGAUCCGUACUUUUACGCCAUGAAUCACCCACGCUACCGGCAGAUGUUGGAGCGCAUGUUCUGUAACCGUGGUGCCGACCAGGGUAACUCGCAGUACCAAACCUCACACUAUACCCGGGGUGCCUCGCGUGCCGGCGAAUCCGAUGGUGGCGGCGAAGAAUCCGGUGGUGUCGGACGUGUGCCGGGCGGUGGUAACACUGCCUCCGUGCGGGGCACCGGAAGAAGUGGACGGCUAAUCACGGCCAAGGGUAUGGCUGGAAUCAGCGGUAAUGGUAAUGGUGGAGGCGUUAAGGCGCUCAAGAAGCAGAUUUCCAACGGCGAUGAAACAUCGCUCGAGGUAUCGCUCGAGAUGUAA